CGAUUUAAUUUCUUACCAAUAAUUUUGCGGCGACCCCCGACCGUACGAGCGUCUCGGGAAAUAUUGUAAUACAUAUAUAAUAAUAUAAUAUUUUUAAUUAAAUUUGAAAGUCUCCAAAACUUAUAAUAUUAUCAUCAUCGUUGUCAUUUAACUCAGUUUCAACAUUAUAUACAUCAUUUGUACCAAUUUUUUUAAUAACAGUAUCUGGUAAUACAAAAUUGUGACAACACUUUUUAUUCCUCUUUAACCCAGAUCUUAUAUGAAGUAAAAUUAUUAGCAUUGGGGAUUUCAUUUUGUUCCUUAACUUUGUUUUCAUCAAAUUCAUUUGGCUGAACACUCGUUCGCAAGCUGCAUUGGACCAAGUCUCGAAAUGAAUACACUUCACUCCAAAACUCUACAGCUGAAUUAGUAUUCUUCCAGUUUGAUAAAUUAAUGUUGCGCCACUGUAGAUCAAUUUUCGUUCGUUCUGAACGAGUCCGUCAGUCGACAGUCGCGUCAUGGAGGUAAUAUUACGCGCAGCAUAAUAUAAUAUUAUUGAUCCUGAGUGGCCCGGCGCACAGUUGGCGGUGGCUGACGGGCAGAUACCGCGGUUACCAUGGUUAUUGCUGUAGUCUAUGGGAUGGCCGGCGCCCGGCAGCGUCAUAUCGUGCAACAGAUUGUCGAAUUUUCAGUCACGCUCUCGAGUUGAAUUUUUUUAAAUUGUUUACGUCGUUAUUAACGCUUUACUGUUUUAACCCAAUCCGUUUGGCGAUCACACGUCGAUUACCAUUAAUAUUUUUCAGUUAAUCGUCGGAGUCGGACGAUCCGUCGUUUUAUCGGUAAGUACCUAUUGCGUUACACGAGUCUCGAGUUCUACUCACGGGUAGAAAGCACUCCACUGUACGUUUGGAGCGGACAGCCGGACAUCGGGAAUAUGUACGAGUUACCGAGCCUGGUGAAGACGGCGUACUACGCUUGCAACCAGAUCGAGCGCGCCAAGUAUGACUUGUUGAGAACACGGCACGUCGAUUUGCGAAGUUGUUGCUUGUCGCUGUUCGAACUGUUCAAAGCCGAAAGAAACACAGACGAUGACGACGGCAGGGAGACAAUGUACAGCAGAUCGUCAUUGCCCAGCAGGUUUGUAAAAGUGUGCGAGGCGGCAGCGUUGUACGGACACAUCGAUUGCCUGAGACUCGCUCGUGCGAUCGGCGUCCCUUGGGAUGACCGUUACAGUCAUAUCCCUCAUAAUACCAUGGAUAUCAGGGGCUUAGGUUCAGCGUGCGAAAUAGCUGCGAUGUCGGGCAAUCUGGACUGUCUACAGUAUGCACGGGACAACGGCUGCCCGUGGAACGCAAGGACGUGUGCCAGUGCCGCGAAGAACGGCCACAUGGACUGUCUACGGUAUGCGCGGGACAACGGCUGCCCGUGGGACGAACAGACGUGUGCCAGUGCCGCGAAGAACGGUCACAUGGACUGUCUACGGUAUGCACGGGACAACGGCUGCCCGUGGGACGACAACACGUGUUCCUUUGCCGCAAAGAACGGUCACAUAGAUUGUUUACGGUAUGCACGUGACAACGGCUGCCCGUGGGACCGGUGGACGUGUGCCAGUGCCGCGGAGUACGGCCACUUGGACUGUCUCGUGUACGCACGGGACAACGGUUGUCCCUGGGACGUUUUAACGCCCACCUUCGCCGCUCAUAACGGUCACUUGAAUUGUCUCGUCUAUGCACGGGACAACGGCUGUAAAUGGGACAAGGAGACGUGCCACAGUGCAGCGUUGAACGGUCACAUAGAUUGUUUACGGUAUGCACGUGACAACGGCUGUCCGUGAGACGAGUCGACGUAUUUCAAUGCCAAGCGGAACGGUCAUUUAGACUGUCUCAAUUACGCAUUGGCUAAUGGGUGCCUGUCGCAAAUGGACGAUCGCAGUGUGGACAACGAUGGAGAAGACAUGCGUUUUUCGGACGAGGACAGUGUACACUAUGCAGCAUGACUAAGUAGAUAGGUAUCUAAUUACAUAUCUAUCACUUAUGUGGAUCUGCAGGCUACGGAUGUUGAAAGGACCAAGUGGUAGCCACGAACACGGUCAACCCUAGGAGCCGAUCUCUUGUCACGUCUUCAGUAAUUACAUUGAACGACAUGGAUUUGGACGUGGCCAAGAGGCGUGCGAGCUUUUACACUGCAAGUCGACUGACCAAAGUGUAUAGUGUAUAUGAAAUGUAUAAAAUGUAAAAAAUGUUGAAAAUAAUUGUACAAAAGUAAAUUGAAAUGUACGUAAAUUGUAUUAAUUUAGCACAAAUACCUAUAU